AGACGGACUGUGAUUUGUCAAAAUCUACGUGGUGUUCAAACAGCUGUAUCUUGUAGCUACUUAUAUAAUAUUGAAGACGUGCAGUGUCAGUUUUGUAACUGUCCUCCGGUAUUUGAACUCCUCUCUUCAACUUGUGUGAAAACGUUGUGAAACAGCCAGGAAAAUGGAAACCAAGGUGACAUCCAACGGUGUGAUGAACGGAGGUGCAAGGAUUGUUGUGGAUGAUGAUGAUGAAGUUCUUAGUCCAACUGACCUGUCGGAGAUGCUAGCUGAGGGGACAAAGGAAUCCCACGACAAAGCAGAGAACUGCCAGUUUGUCAAAGAUUUCCUCAGAGGCCGCAUCAAAAGGGAGCUGUUUAAGAGAGGUACUGCAGCUCUGUACUUCGUCUACUCGGCCAUGGAGGAGGAGAUCGAGAAGAACAAAGACCAUCCUCAGAUUGCUCCAAUCUAUUUCCCUGUAGAGCUGCACAGGUGCGAGGCCCUGGGCCGGGACCUCGAGUACUUCUAUGGAGAGGACUGGCAGAGCCAGAUCAGCCUCUCCGCAGGCGCCAAGCCUUAUGUGGACCGCAUCCAUGAGGUGGGUGAGAAGGAUCCAAUGUUGUUGGUGGCCCACUCCUACACCCGCUACAUGGGUGACCUCUCAGGCGGACAGAUCCUCAAGAAAGUGGCCCAGAGGGCACUGAAGCUCCCCUCGACCGGCGAGGGUCUCAAUUUCUACCAGUUUGAGGGCAUCCACAGUCACAAGAGUUUCAAGCAGCUUUACAGAAGCAGGAUGAACGAGCUGGAAAUGGACACUGAGACCAAGGAGAAGAUUGUAGAAGAGUCCAACAAGGCUUUUGGCUUUAACAUGAUGGUAUUCUCAGAGCUUGAAGAGAUUGGGACGACCAUCAAAGAGGAAGUCCAAGAUGCAGGUUUGGGACACAGUCAUGCUGAAAUUAUGGAGGGAGGUGAUAUUAACAAGUGUCCCUACUAUGCAGCAAAAAUGGCCGCCAGUGGAAAUCCCACCUUUGCAUGCCAGUUAGCCAUGACGCUUCUCCAACAUCCACCGUGUCAAUUAGCUCUGGCCGCCUGGUUUGCCGUCCUCGCUGGGUUCACUGCCUGGUACUUACUGUAAACUUCAACAGACGCUUGUUCUGCCGAUCACCCAUGAGCGAAGAGUGGAGGACACUGUUACAUCCUGCCAGACUUAUUCCAAACCUCAUAUACUAUUUACUGUAACAAACAAUAAAGCUGAAACUGCACAUUUUAAAAUAAGUGUGGAGCCAAACA